AUGACCGACGCGUUUGUGGCAAAGGCCCCAUCUGUGGCCCACGCACUCCAGCGGGCGUUUACCCUCUAUGACGAUGCACCCUUUCUUGGAACCGGACGCACCAACGAGUCGGGCACCCGCGAGUACGUGUACACCACGUACAAGGAGGUGGGCGCAGAGGCAACACAGCUGGCCUGUGCAAUGAGCUCGUUUCUUGGCCUCCCGCGGGGGGCAAAGGUCGGUCUCUGCGCAGAAAACCGCCCGCAGUGGCUCGUUGUAGACUUUGCCUGUGUCUUUGACGCUUUCGUCUCGGUCGGCCUCCACACCUCGUGGCCGCAAGACGAGAUCCAGGCCAUUAUGGCCGAGACCGAAAUGGAGGCUGUUGUGUGCUCGUACGACCAGGCUGGCAAGUUUAUUGCUGCCGCAGCUGCCCGCUCGGCGGCGUCGUCGGGCGCGGCGUCGUCGUCGGCUGCCGCUGGCUCGCUGUUUGGCCUCAACCAGAUGAUGGCGGCGUCGGGCAUCAACUCGAUGAUGGGCGGCGGCGUCGGUGGAACGCCCGGCCUGGGCGGAGCCGAUCCUGCGGCGGCAGCUCGUCAGCGGCGCCGCAUCCUCGACUCGGGCUCCGAGCCACGCGCGGCGCUUCCCAAGUUCAAGUACCUGAUUGUCAUGGGCUACGCCACCGCCAACGCCGAGGCCGCCGCGACCGGCGAACCGCUGUUUGGCGGAGUCACCGUCCCGGCUUCACUGCAGAUCUUUGACUACGACCUCCUUGCUGGCCGCGGCCUCCACUCGGCGCCCGGCCACGUCUGCUGCUCGCACACCGGCCUCUCGACGUCUGUGCCGAUCGAGGCUGCGUCAGGCUCCACCACCCAGGCACCAGACGAGCUGACCACCAUCAUGUACUCGUCGGGCACGUCCGGCGCGCCCAAGGGAAUCCCGGUAUCUGCAGCCCGGUGGAAGAACGAUGCGCUGCACGGCGGCAUCGGCCAGUGCACCGACAAGGUGGCGGUCUCGUACAUGCCGCUGGCACACGGCGCCGACCGCGACUUUGACGACUUGCUGGAGGACAUGCGCGCCGUCCGCCCACGCUUCAUGCUCGGCCUCUCGCACUUUUGGAACCGGGUGUACGACUCGUACCGGGCCGACCUUGCGGCACGAGUCGUGCCUGACCCGCACUUUGCCGCUGCGCUUGCCGCCGCCGCGCCGUCCGCCGCGCUUGAAGACGUCGCUUCGUCGGCCGCCGUCCAUGAACUUGUCGAUGCGGCAGUAGCCAAGACUCGGUGGGGCAAGGCCCACGAGAUCCGGGCCCACGCCGCGCUCCGGGCUGCGCUUGGCGGUGAGCUCAUUUUUGUCGUCACGGGCGGCGCCCACACCUCGGACAAGGUCAAGGCCCUUAUGGCCCACGUGCUGGUUCCGGGCAAUGAGGAGCGGGUCCACGAUGCGUACGGAACCACUGAGUUUCCGGGAAUCUCUGUCAACGGUGCUCUCUCGCCAGACGUCGACGUCCGCCUCGUUGACGUGCCGGAGAUGGGCUACCUCGCCAGCGACCUGCCGUUCCCGCGUGGCGAGAUCCUGGUCCGUGCCAAGGACCCAUCGGUCAUGACCAGCGGAUACUUUAAGAACGCCGACGCCACCGCGGCCGCUUUGCUGGCGUACACACCCGGCGAGCCGCAGCCGCGGCUCCGCAUCAUCGACCGCCGUUCCAACGUUGUCGAGCUCUACGUCUCGGGCCGAUCUGUCUGGGUCCCGGCUGCCUCGCUGGAGGCGUCGACGUAUGCUGCGACGCCUGGCGUUGCGCGUCUGGCGCUCUGCGCCGACCGCAACGCCGACCGCCUUGUGGCCGUCGUCGUCCCCACUGCCGCGGUGGCGGCGCUUGCCCCGGACCUCGCUCGCAAGACCAUUCUCGCCGAGCUGGAGGCAGCCGGCAGCGCCGCCAACCUCCCGUUGGAGCACAUUCCCGCCGAUGUUGUUCUCGAUACCGAGCCGUGGAGUGUCGCCAACGGCAUGCUCUCGGCGCUGGGCAAGGUUCGUCGCGGCGCGGUCGGUGCGCGCCACAAGGAGGCGCUUGACCGCAUCUACGCCACGCUCGAGACGCUCUCCGAGGACACGCGGCUGCAGGCACGUCAGGAGCGGGCGCAGUGGCGGGCGAGUGGCGGCGGCGCGGUGGUAGCAAGCCCUGCGCCGGCUGCUGCGCCAGUCUGCACCGGCGACGUCUGUGUCCUCCCUCCGGGUGCGACUGGCGGGAGCGGCAGCAGCGGUGGCACGCUGGUAUUGGCCAUGGCCGAUGCGCUGGCAUCGCAGUCGUCGGGCGAGCCACCGUCGCAGUGCGAGGACCCGCACGGGCUUGAUGCCAUGAACGCCGCGCUUGCCGUCCUCCGCAACGCCGCAAGCGUUAUUGCCGACCGCACGCCCAAGUGGAACGCUGCCGCGGUGGCCAAGCUCGAGGCCGCGUCGGCAGCGCUCAAGUCGACGGAGCGGGCGACGCGGGCAGAUGUGGCGCGAGCGCUAGCCUCGUUUGCGCCGUACGCGUCCGAGAGCUUGGUGCCGACGCUCCGCAAACUGGCGAUCCAGGCGAGCGUCGCGUUUGACGACGCGAGCCCAGCGGCGUCGGCGUCGGCUGGCCUUGCGCGAGUCAACGGUGCACUGGUCGCGCGCAAGCUUGCCAUCUGUGUGGCGACGUUCAAAGUCAAGGUGGCGAAGCAGCUGUCGGUGCCAGAGAAAGAAGAGCGGUGGCGCGAGUUCCGCGCGGCGUGCGCUGCGUUGGUUGAAGCCGGCAAGUGCUACGGCUUUGAGGUCCCGUUCUGGCUCACCUCGUUCCCCGGCUGGAUUUUUCCGCCGGACGACGGUGCGGGCGCCGACGGCGGCGGCUCACCCGGCUCGGCGCCGCGCCCGAGCCGUGCACCGGCCAUGGUCUUUGGCUCGGCCUCGGUGUGGUGCACGGGGUGCGGCCUGCUGGUGGAGGAGACGAUCAACGACUGGGGCACGUUCCGAGCGGUUUCGCUCGACUCGGAGGCCAACUACUGCGCGUACUGCUGGAAGCUCCUGCCUGCGCUCGCCGACGGACUUGAUGCCCCGGGCGUCGAGGCCAGCGUUCGCAGCGAGUUUCUCGCGCACGUGUAUCCCGACUCUGGUGCCGCCUUUGCCUUUGAUGCGGCGCACCCAGCUCACCUGCGGCACAAGGUGUUCCCGGCCUCGCUUGACGGCGUGACGCCGGCCGACGUGCUAACGGCAGCGGCCGAGGUGUUCAGCACCCGGCUGGCACUCGGCGUGCCGGAUCCGAGCAAGCUACAGUCGGCGCCGGCGCUUGCACCGCUCACCCGCCAACUGCGCGACGCGGGACUUCUUGUCGAGCACGACAGCUACCUGUGGCUGACGUACAAGGUGAUGUACGAACUCGCGGCCGGGCUCGCCGAGGUGCUGGGCGGAAUGGGGGUGCUCGGUCAGUUUGUGGGCAUCUCUGGGCCGAACGCGUUUGAGGUUGCGCUGCUGGACAUGGCGUGCGCACUGUCGGGUGCCGGCUCGUUCGGCAUCCACACGACGUACACGUGCAGCGAGGCGAGUGCAGUGCUCGCCAACGCAAGCCCGGUCGUGGUUGGGUGUGCCAAGCAGGUGGUGGCUUCGUCGGCAGUGACUGAGCUCGCAGGCUGGUCGCUCGAGGCGUUGGAAGCAAGUGCGCUGGGUAGUGUGCAGCACGUCAUCGUGCUGGACGCCGACGGCGACGAGGAGCUCCCGGCGUUUGGGCCCAAGGUGGCAGUCCAGCGGCUGGCGACGCUGCUGACGCCCACGGUGGAGGCUCUGGCGCGCGGCGAGGGACGUGGCGUCGAUGGCUUCAAGGAUGUUCUGCCGGAGCCGCGGCUCUGCCGUGGCGUGGCGUCCGGUCACGAGCACAUUUUUACGCUGCUCUACACCUCAGGCUCGUCAGGAGCGCCCAAGGGUGUCAUGGUCACUCCACAGUCGUUUGUCAACGACCUCUCCGAGCCGUCGUCGUCGUGGCCGCUCAUCACUGUCUCUUACAUCCCACUCUCGCACUCGUCGGACCGGAUGAAGAUGUGGGAGUUUGUGGCCAAGGGCGGGCGAGUCGGCUUUGCGCACUAUGGUGCUUCGAACUGGCGCGAGCACGAGACAGCCAAGAAGGACAAGAUGCUUGUGCCAAGCGGGCGGACGACGAACAACGUCGAGGCGCUGUUCGAGCUUGUCGCCGCGCUCAAGCCGUCGGCAAUGGCGUGUCCGCCGCGGAUCUGGGCCGGCCUGCAUGCGGUGUGGGUGGCAAUCGGCAGCGCAGCCGGUUCACGCGACGCUGCCGACCUCCACAUCCAGUCACUCUUUGGCCCGCGGAUUGCGUUUUUGGCCACGGGCGGCGCGCCGACGGCGCCGCACCUGGUCGAGUGGGUCAAGUCGGUCUUCCCGGCCAUCUCGUUUGUCGACUCGUACGGGACGACCGAGACCGGCGGAAUCACGUCGAACGGGUACGUGCUCACGUCCAAGGGCGUGGAGGUCAAGCUGGAUCCGUUGCCGGAGCUCUUCCCAGACGCGCCUGUCGGCUCGGUGGGCGAGCUCCUGGUGCGGACGCCGAACCUCAACUUGGGCUACUACGGCGUCGGCGAGUUUGGCUCGGGCUGGUACGCCACUGGCGACGUGGCACAGUACGACAGCAUCCGCGGCACCUACACCAUUGUCGAGCGAGUCUCUGCGCUCCGCAAGUCGGGCCCAGCUCUGGUGGCGCUCAACGGGCUCGAGACGCUGUACACCAACGUCGAUGGCGUGGACGACGUCUUUAUCGAGUUCUCCGACUCGGGCAAGCUGGUGGCCUUUGUGACGCCCAGCGAGGCGGCGGCGGCGGCCGACCCGGCAACCGCCGGCGUCCUCCGGCGCGGGUUCCGUGACGCUGCGCUCGCGGCGGGUCUCGGCGACGAGCACGUGCCAGCUUCGGUCGUUGUCGUCGACUACCCCUUCGACCGGGCCUCGGGCCUGCUCGGCGGCUCGCUCAAGAAGAAUCGUUCGCGCUUCCGCGAGCGGUUUGCUGGAUUCCUUGACGGUGAUGGCGACGGCAGCGCGAGCGAGAGCGUGGCCCAGCCGAGUGAGAUCUUGCCCGACGCCAACGCAUCGGUCUCAGUCACGGUCGAGCCGGCUGGGGACGAUGCCGCUGCCAGUGCGCCAGCCAAGGUGGCUCUGGGCACGGGUUCAAGCGGGACGGCAGACGCUGUGCCAUCAACGACUGCGGCCGGCGAGAGCGACGCAUUGUGGACGAGCUACGCGCUGCCUGCAGUGGCGGGCGUCGGGCUUGUUGCAACGGGCGCCUUGCUUGCAGUUCUAAUCAUGCGGCGCAAGUGAUUAAGACGAGCAUUUUGAUAAGUG